AGGUACUCGCAUCCCUUGCUACAGGGGCCAGGCAAAAAGAUAACAUUUUCUAUGAAAUUCGCACAUAUGAUAUUAAGCCAUCAAAGAUGAAGGAGUUUGUGGAAGUGGUCAACAAGUACUUUCACCUUCGCAUAGCUCACUCGGAGCUGGUGGGAUUCUGGUCUGCGGAGCUGGGAGCAAUGAAUAAGGUUGUCCACGUUUGGAAGUACGAUAAUUUUGCCCACAGAACAGCAGUCCGGCAUGCACUAGCCAAUGACAAAGACUGGCAGGGAAAAUUCAUCUCCCCAGCUCUCCCCUUGAUAGAAAAGCAGCACAAUGAGGUUGCUUAUCUGGUACCCUGGUGCCAACUUGGGAAGCCUCCAAAAGAAGGGGGAGUAUAUGAAUGGGUUACUUUCCAGAUGAAGCCUGGUGGGCCAGCAUUGUGGGGCGAAGCGUUUCAAGCUGCCAUCAAUGCUCACGUCAACACAGGCUACACCAAGCUGAUCGGUAUUUUCCACACAGAGUAUGGAUUACUUAACACAGUCCACGUGAUCUGGUGGAAUGAGAGCCCAGAUCACCGGGCAGCGGGAAGGCACAGUGCCCAUGAAGAUGCCAGAGUGGUAGCAGCUGUGCGCGACAGCGUCAGAUUCUUGGAGUCCCAGCAAAAUAUGCUCCUGAUUCCUCUGCAAUGCUCGCCGCUGAAGUAA